AGUGUGAGCAGCAGCGAUAUGGAUCCCGACGCGCUCGACGUCGUGCCGCUCAUCACCCAGUGCGACGAGCUCGGCGCCGACGGCGAGUCGCUCCUCCGGGUCGACGACGCCGGCGUCGCGCUGCUCGAGGCCCUCGGGGGCGAGAAAGUGAGCGUCGUCGCCGUCGCCGGCAUGUACCGCACGGGCAAGUCGUUCUUCCUGAACCGCCUCGCCGGCGCCGCCGGCGCGAGGUCCGGCGGCUUCGGCGUCGGCGAGACGACGGAGCCCUGCACGCGCGGCGUCUGGUUGUGGCGGUCGCCGGGGCUCCGCGCGGCCGACGGGUCGACGCUGCUGCUCAUGGACACGGAGGGUCUCGCGUCGGCGGACCAGGACGACUCCUACGACGCCAAGAUCUUCGCGUUAGCGCUGCUCCUGAGCAGCUACUUCGUGCUCAACGUCGUCGGCGUCAUCGACGACGCGACGAUCGAGCGGCUGCACCUCGUCAGCGAGGUCACGAAG